AUGGAGAAAAGCCACGGGAUAGAAUGUUCUAAGGCAUGCCCUUCUGACCACAAUGAAGACGAAGACGAGAGCGAGAAGCCAAAAGAUGGUGGAAGCUCAAGCAACAGCACCGUCGAAGAGAGCGAGAAAAAGCCAUCGAUUCGGCCUUAUAUUCGAUCCAAGAUGCCAAGACUGCGGUGGACACCUGAUCUGCAUCUUCGAUUCAUCCAGGCUAUAGAGAGACUCGGAGGACAAGACAGAGCAACACCCAAAUUGGUUCUUCAACGUAUGAACAUCAAAGGACUUAACAUCGCCCAUGUCAAGAGUCAUUUACAGAUGUAUAGAAGCAAGAAGAUUGAUGACCAUGGUCAAGUGAUAGCCGAUCAUAGACAUCUUGUGGAAGGCGGUGAUCGAAACAUCUACAACCUCAGCCAGCUUCCAAUGCUCCAAGGACUUGGCCAAAGGCAUGAUUCUACCUUCAGAUAUGGAGAAACUUUUUUGAAUGCUCAUCAUAACUGGCUUAGCCCUUAUUGGGGUUGGAAUGGAAUUGAUAAGACUAGGCAAGGAUUUGGACCAUAUGAUUCUGUUGCUGAGAGGAUCUAUGGAAGCAACUAUGGCCGUUCGGGAAAUCAUAAUCUCCAUAGCAGUAGUUUCACUUUCAGGGCACAACCUACGUGGAGAACCAAUGAUCUGAAGGAUGAUUUGAGAUCCUUAUACAAUCAUGAACCUUGUCGAGGCCAAUCCCGAAUGAACCCUAUAGAGCUCAACCCUUUAAAGCAACUACAAGCAAAAGUCCGAGAAGAAACCAAUCUAUACAACAGCAGUAUUCCUCUAGAUUUGGACACGACAGUGAAUCUUCAGAAGCAAGCAACGGGAAAAAGGAAGGCUUCAGAUUGCGAACUGGAUUUGCGCCUCUCUCUUGGGCUAAAUUCAAAAAUUGAUCAUGAGAGCCAGAAAGAUUUGGAGGAUGAUGAGGACAACGGUAACUUAUCAUUGUCAUUGUGCUCACCUUCUUGCUCAAAGAUUAUCAGGUUGAGAGAACUUGAUGGUAGAGAGAAUGAAAGAAGGGCAAGUACUCUGGAUCUGACUAUAUGA